CAUCUCCUGACCUCAUGAUCCGCCCACCUCGGCCUCCCAAAGUGCUGGGAUUACAGGCUUGAGCCACCGCGCCUGGCCUAGGCAGGGGAACAUUCUGAUCCCAUUUCCAGUGGGGAACCUCAGACCCUAGGAGGAGAGACCAGCAAAGGGCACCACCCUAGAUGCUGGGGAGGACUCAGAGGUAUUGGUGGAUGGGGUCAGACAGCCCUGGUCUUGUCCCAGCUCUGCCUUUGCCAGCUCUUAGAGCCUCAGCUUCCUCAAUGCUAAAGGGGAUAACAGUCGCUACCUCACCAGGUGGUUGUGAAUGUAUGGAGGGCACCUGUAACACAGUUGAUUCGUGUUGGUCCUCACCGACCCCUUUUUCAUUCCCACGGGGAACAGCCAAGGCUGGGGAGUUCCGACUCCGGUGAUAGACUGCUCCAUGUGAGUGACUGUGUGUGUGUAUCUGUGUGUUGGGGUCAGGGACACCUGAACUGUGUGGUGGUAUAGGAGUCAGUGAACCUCUUAGCCUCAGUUUCCCUAUCUGUACAAUGGGUAAAGUGAUGAUACCUCAGGAUUUUUGCAAGAAUUAAAUGACGUCCUCCAUGCCAAACUGGUAGCAAGGGACCUCAGGACAUGCUCAUGUUAUCUGUGAUCAUAAAAAUGUGAUCACGUGGCUUGAUUGGGGGUUCCGAGAGUACUGGGAUCUUUUCCUUGCCUGAGCUGUCCCCUUCUGGCAGUGGACAGCACUACCUCCCUUACCUGAGUACAUUUCAACUUCACCUGUCAGCCAACUUUAUACCCAUUUUAAAGACAAUGAAAAUGGAGGCACAGGAAAGAAGAGGGGUGACUUUCCUGAGGACACUGACCAACUGGUUGAACUUCAUAUAACAAGUCAUCAUCAAAGCUAACAGCUUGUUAACACUUGUGUCAAGCAGGGCCUUGGGCACCUUUGUGGGUGAGAAACUGGUGUCUAUGGUAAGCAGACGCUGCCUGGCCUAGACACGGGCGUGGCAAGGAGACUGUGUGGAAUUUCAGUACCCAAACGCCCCUCACCCUGUGCAACUAUAGGGAGCGGCACUGCAGCCAACACAUCACAACUUACAAUAUCCCUUGAAUUGGAUUCAAUUAUUAGCCUGGUUUUCCGGUUUAUAAAGCCAAGACUCCCAGACAACCUCGCUCCACCCCCAGUCUGACCCUGGGCUCUCACCGCUACUCCCCACUAGGCCUAGGCCCUUCCACAUGCCCCACCCAGACCGUGGUUUUGUGAGUCCGUCCAGACCUGUAAAAGUGGACUGCAGGCCCGCCUCUGCUCUGGACUCCCUUUCGGGGCUGCCGGAGGCUUUCUCAUCCAUCAGGCAUUUGACAAGCCCCAGGAAACUGCCAGCCUGUUUGUGCUAAGGAAACUGAGGCUCGGCAAUGUUUAGCGGCUACUUCCAGGCCCGUGGCGGGUGGGUGGUGAUACAGUGAAGCACUCGAGGCGCUUCUCCGCGCCCCAACACGGGUGAGACCACCUCAGCCCUGGCCCAAGCCCACUCGACCGUAGCCUCGAUUCCCGGCACCGAGAGCUUUGCAACUUCCAAGUCUCCACUCCCAGGCCCCGAGUCCGGAGAGUCAGGGGGGGCCACAUUACUCCUAUUGUGUAGGUUCCCACCUGCAAGAGUUAGGUCGGGGCUUCUGGGGUGAAACCCCAAAGGAAAGCGGGAUCGGGACUGGGGGAGAGGGAUCGGGACUGGGGGAGGGGGAUUCCCAAGUCCCUGACACCUGCGCCGGGUCGGCCUGGGCUUGGUGACCUCGUCAGUCCCGUUUGCCGGGACUAGGCCGCGGCCAGGCCGGGCACAGAGGUACCCGGUCCGGCGCGUGUGGGGCCUGCAGACAAAAGGCCGAGCCCGCAGGGCCAAUCCGCGCACCACCCCGUAGCGACUGGGGGCGGGAGCCGGAGAGCCGAGAAGCUCGUCUCGGCGCAUCUAUUGGCUGGUAUUGACGCCCAUCCGGACCCCGAGGCCAGGCAGUUGGCCAAGGGGGGCGGGGUUUGCAGAGCCCCAAUGAAUGGGGGAGCCGGAAGCAGGAAGUGAGUUUGCGAACGGAGCAGCUGCUGCAGCAGGGCCCAUGGCGGACACCCAGUACAUCCUGCCCAAUGACAUCGGCGUGUCUAGCCUGGACUGCCGUGAGGCCUUCCGCCUGCUGUCACCCACAGAGCGCCUCUAUGCCCACCACCUGUCCCGUGCUGCCUGGUACGGAGGCCUGGCUGUGCUGCUUCAGACCUCCCCCGAGGCCCCCUACAUCUAUGCUCUGCUCAGCCGCCUCUUCCGCGCGCAGGACCCCGACCAGCUGCGCCAACAUGCCCUGGCUGAGGGCCUUACCGAGGAGGAGUAUCAGGCGUUCCUGGUCUAUGCUGCGGGUGUUUACUCCAACAUGGGCAACUACAAGUCCUUUGGUGACACCAAGUUUGUUCCCAACUUGCCCAAGGAAAAGCUGGAACAGGUGAUCCUAGGGAGUGAGGCCGCUCAGCAGCACCCCGAAGAAGUCAAGGGCCUCUGGCAGACCUGUGGGGAGCUUAUGUUCUCUCUGGAGCCAAGGCUUCGACACCUUGGACUGGGGAAGGAGGGAAUCACCACCUAUUUCUCUGGGAAUUGUACCAUGGAAGAUGCCAAAUUGGCCCAGGACUUUCUGGACUCACAGAACCUCAGUGCCUACAACACCCGGCUCUUCAAAGAGGUUGAUGGAGAAGGGAAGCCCCACUACGAGGUGCGGCUGGCUUCUGUGCUUGGCUCAGAGCCUUCCCUGGACUCUGAGAUGACUUCCAAGCUGAAGAGCUACGAAUUCCGGGGAAGCCCUUUCCAGGUGACCCGAGGGGACUAUGCGCCCAUCCUCCAGAAGGUGGUGGAGCAGCUGGAGAAAGCCAAGGUGUAUGCAGCCAACAGCCACCAGGGGCAGAUGCUGGCCCAGUAUAUAGAGAGCUUCACCCAGGGCUCCAUCGAGGCCCACAAGAGGGGCUCCCGCUUCUGGAUCCAGGACAAAGGCCCCAUCGUGGAGAGUUACAUCGGGUUCAUCGAGAGCUACCGUGACCCCUUUGGUUCCCGAGGAGAAUUUGAAGGUAACUCCCUCGGGGAGGAGGAGCCACUGGAUGUAGAAGAGUCUGAGCAUCUGCCUGCUAAAGCCAGAGAGAUUAGUCUGGGAGGAGAGCACACAGCCUGCUGGGGCUCAGGUUUCGUAGCUGUGGUGAACAAGGCCAUGAGCGCCAAGUUUGAGCGGCUAGUGGCAAGUGCAGAGCAGCUGCUGAAGGAGCUGCCCUGGCCCCCAGCCUUUGAGAAGGACAAGUUCCUCACCCCCGACUUCACCUCCCUGGAUGUUCUCACCUUUGCUGGCUCUGGCAUCCCUGCUGGCAUCAACAUCCCCAACUACGAUGACCUGAGGCAGACGGAAGGCUUUAAGAAUGUGUCCCUGGGGAAUGUGCUGGCUGUGGCCUACGCCACGCAGCGGGAGAAGCUCACCUUUCUGGAGGAGGAUGACAAGGAUCUGUACAUCCUCUGGAAGGGGCCCUCCUUCGAUGUGCAAGUAGGCCUGCAUGAGCUGCUGGGCCAUGGCAGCGGCAAGCUCUUCGUACAGGAUGAAAAAGGAGCAUUCAACUUUGACCAGGAGACAGUGAUCAACCCAGAGACGGGCGAGCAGAUUCAGAGCUGGUAUCGGAGCGGGGAGACCUGGGACAGCAAGUUCAGCACCAUCGCCUCCAGCUACGAAGAGUGCCGGGCUGAGAGCGUGGGCCUCUACCUCUGUCUCCACCCGGAAGUGCUGGAGAUCUUUGGCUUUGAGGGGGCUGAUGCGGAGGACGUGAUCUACGUGAACUGGCUCAACAUGGUUCGGGCCGGGCUGCUCGCUCUGGAGUUCUACACACCUGAGGCCUCCAACUGGCGACAGGCCCAUAUGCAGGCCCGGUUUGUGAUCCUGAGAGUCUUGCUGGAGGCUGGCGAGGGACUCGUUACCAUCACUUCCACCACAGGCUCUGAUGGGCGCCCAGAUGCCCGGGUCCGCCUCGACCGCAGCAAGAUCCGGUCUGUGGGCAAGCCUGCUCUAGAGCGCUUCCUGCGGAGACUUCAGGUGCUGAAGUCCACAGGGGAUGUGGCCGGAGGGCGGGCCCUGUACGAGGGGUAUGCGGCGGUCACUGAUGCGCCCCCGGAGUGCUUCCUCACCCUCAGGGACACAGUGCUGCUACGUAAGGAAUCUCGGAAGCUCAUCGUUCAGCCCAACACUCGCCUUGAAGACUCAGACGUGCAGCUUCUGGAAUACGAGGCCUCAGCUGCUGGCCUCAUCCGAUCCUUCUCCGAGCGUUUCCCAGAGGAUGGACCCGAGUUGGAGGAGAUCCUCACACAACUGGCCACAGCUGAUGCCCGAUUCUGGAAGGGCCCCAGUGAGGCCCCAUCUGGCCAGGCUUGAGGAAGAUGUGUGGCCUCUCCCCCAACUCCAAGAAACCAAGGCUGCAAGUGGCCCUCCAUUCGUGUGUGUUUUUAGGGGCUGGGGAGGGGGAGGGGCAGGAGCUUGGACCUUGGUACUACCUCAGCUGAGGGUGGUGACACUAACCCCUUACAUUUGUCAGCACUUUCCAGCUUGCCAAGUGCUUCCCCUCUGUGAGCUCAUUUCAUCUGCACUGCCAUACCUGGAGUGAGCAAGACAGGGCUCACCAUCCUGUCUACCAGAUGAGGAAAUGGCAGUUCUGAGAAGUCACUGGUCUAGAUUCCACAGAUGGCACGUGACAGCUAGGGUUCAAAAUGUUCUCACCUAAUCCAGUGCUCCUCACAUAUUAAUUUUAUAACCAGACAAAUAAAUAUUAGAGACAACCACCAU